CACCAUUUUUCUUUUUGGAUCUACAGUUCGACUCGAUGUCUUUGUGAUGGCGAAUGCAGCUCAAGUGCAGACGACUGAAGAUGUAUUCAGUAGUGACAGCGAAGAGGGCUCUGAAACGGAGUGUUACGGGACACGUAUCAACCGUCUCGAUGCUGCCGAAAGACAGGAAUUGAGGGACAGGGGCAUUGUUGUGAGAGAGGGUGCAUGGACAGGGCUGGAAGACGAGAGGCUGAAAAAAAAUAUGCGCCACAUAUGCAAGAAAUAUGGUAUAGAUGAUCCUAGAAAGUUGAUCUUUGCAGAUGACUAUCCUGAUGAAGCCAAGGAGAUAAGAAAGCUGUUUGAUGAGGAGCUGAUACACAUGAAGCUCAGAAAAGGAAUCCAACGUCCUGUUUACAAUGUCUACAUUAGAGCAAGGAAGAUCUUUGAUCCUCAAAAUUAUCUCGGCAGGUUUUCUAAUGAAGAGGUCCGCAAGAUGAAGAACCUAGCCGUGAGGAUGGGAACCAAAUGGAGUCAGAUCGCCAAGAAGAUGGGACGCAGCGGGAGGUCACUCUGCGACAGAUUCAAGAUCUCAGGAAAUGGAAAUUCUGGUUUCUGGUCUGAUGAGGAGAGGGAGAGACUAGUGAGAGUGGUCAAGGAAUUGUCCGGUUUCAACCAAGACCAGGAUGUUGAGAAGCUUUUCUUCAACAUCCCUUGGGUCAAGGUCGGGGACGCCAUGGAAACCAGGAAUGUUCAUCAGUGCAGGAUGGAAUGGAUUCACAUUGUAUCAUGGGUUGCCGCUGACUACCAAACUCGCUAUACCUCAAAAGGGCGCUGGAAUGUAGAGGAUAACAUCAGGCUGAUAGAGAAGGUAUACAACAUGGAUAUCCAUGAUGAACAAGAUAUAGAUUGGAUGGCUUUACUGGAUGACUUUCCAAGGGUACCAUCCCCUCAGAAGCUUACCUACUACUGGUACAGACUCAAAGUGAAAUAUGUGCACAAUUACAGGUUCAAGACUUAUGAGGAUAUUGUCUGCCAUCUUCACGAAACAUCCUUGCCAGAACUGAGGGAGAGACUGACCCGGGGUGGGCAGAAGAUCGUCUCAAGGGAGAUCGUGGACGAAGAAAGUGACUCCGGAGGUGACGAGACACAAGUUGUGAACGAGAGGAAUGAUGGUCAGAGUGAUGGUGUAUCCAUGACAACCAACAGAGGAAUAUCAAUUGAAUCUCGCACUGAUGGAGUGAACGAGCAAAGGCAGGAUGGUGAAGAUACAGAGGAGGGCAGACAUGACGGACAUGAUGAAGUGGAAAAUGAGGAAAGGAAAAACAAUGAUAGACGGAGGACAAAAAAGAGAAAGAAGAGACAGAGGAAUGAACGAGGAACAAGUGAUGAUGAUGGUGCAGUAGAAAGCAAUGUUGAAAGGAAUUCAAAAGAUGCAGAAAACAGGGGAGCUGGUGGUAUUCACAAGAAAACAAAGAUUGACAAGGCUGUGAAUGAAAAUAGUUUGGAUGAAGGAGAGAGGAUAUCGGACACAAGGAAGGAGAAGAAAAAGAAGAAGAAAAGGAAGAAAAGGCUUUCUGAUAGUGAAAUACAAGGUUGAACAUAUUCUUAUAAUACUUAUGAAAAGGAGUAAUGAAUUAGAUUCUCCUGGUAGAGAGGUGGGAGAAUGAAAGAGAUGCAUAGAUGGUGAUGUAAUCAGAUUCACAUAACUGCAUAAAGACCAAAGGAGCAGCUCUAGUAUUAAAGGGGGAUUUAAUAGAUUCCUGAGAGCUUAUAACCAUCACUCCGGCAGCUCCUCCAUACACAAUAUUCAUCUUCUUUUCACAGGAGUGAAUUUGACUAAAAUCUCGGCAUCGAACACUGUUUAUCGAGAGGAUACAUGUAUAUCAAUAAAAUACACCAACCUGUGAUACUUAUUUGAGUGAUAAACUUGGUUUUCCAAAGGAUAUCAUCCAGUUUUUAUCUUCAGAUCAUUGACAAAAUCUA